CCCUUUGCCUUUGCCCGCGCGCGGCUCGCAGCCACAGUUUGGAGAUAAUCAUCAUGCCGCCUCCUAUCUCCCCGCUCUCGCUCAUGGCCGCCAGCCCAAUCCCGUCGCCGCCGGCCGCCCGACCAAGCAGCCGCGCCCUCGCCACCGUCGCUGCUUCAUGCAGCUCCUCCGCGUCACCGUCCACUUCAACGUCUUCGGACGCGAGCAGGAGGGGCGUACUCGCGCUGGGCGCGGGAUUCCUGGCGUCGGCCGCGCUGCUGGGGCCGGUCGGGGACGCCGGCGCCACGCGCAUCGAGUACUACGCCACUGUCGGGGAGAAGCUCUGCGACAUGGGCUUCGCCAAGUCCGGCCUCGGCUACUGCGACGUCGCCGUCGGCACCGGGGUGCAGCCACAGCGCGGCGAGCUCAUCAAUAUACACUACACCGCAAGGUUCCCCGACGGGACAGUGUUCGACAGCAGCUACAAGCGCGGCAGGCCGCUCACGAUGCGCAUCGGUGCAGGAAAGAUCCUCCGAGGGCUUCAGCAGGGGAUCGGCGGUGGUGGUGGCGUGCCACCCAUGCUCGUCGGUGGGAAGCGCAAGCUCAUGAUACCUCCGAUUUUGGCGUACGGGCCUGAACCAGCCGGCUGUUUCUCAGGAGACUGCAACAUUCCCGGAAACUCCACGAUACUAUACGAUAUUCUUCUCGUUGGCAUUUACAAGUGAUGGCGUUUCAUGACAGUCAACAUACAAAGCCGUGAACAUAGGUCCAAUAGAAGUUUUUGGAACUACCGGUAGAGGAAGAUGGUGAACCAAACUCCCCUCGGAUUCCAGUGCGCAAAAUGGCUACAGGGGAGUGGUUAUCUGUACAAAUAUUUGAGCACGAGGAGCAUGUAAGCGUCACUCUGUAAUCGAGCUGUGAUAUAUACUACGUUGCUGAUUGUCGGUACAGAGCCGUCUUCGCUCAAGCGGAGACGGAAAUCCUGCAUAACGACUUGUGAGUUCCAAAGCUUUCAACAGUUUAA